UAAGACAUUGCUUGAGACGAUCUUGAAAUAAGAUUUGACUAUGAAUACCGGCCUAGAUGAUCACCUCACCAUCGAAAUUAAAUCCUGUUUGAUCGAGAUUUUAAACUAAUUUAAAUUCCUGCAGCUUUUGUUAAAGGACAACAACUUCUGUGUUGUGGCUGCACUUUUUGCACUCGAAAUGACAUGGAUAUGUAAUUCAGGUAUUAGAGAGAAAGAGAGGAAAGAUUAUAGGUGCAGAAGUUUCAGCGACCUUAAGCCACUUUAUUGUGACGUAGAGGUUGGAGUCUAUCCUAACCUUAAGGACCACGUGCCGCAAUACACGUGCAUCAACAUUUUCCAGCAUCUAGAAGAUCGGAGAUCGUUCUUUCUCAGUAACUAACGUAUUUCUUUCGUAAUGAUGCAAGACAGACACACCCCGACUGACGUAAGGGAGAUCGAAUCAGACGAGGAGAUUCUGGAGAACGACGUCGAGGAGGUCCUCGAUUUGGAUGACACGAUUUUCGAGAACGCAAACUCCUCCGAGAAUGAGAACGACAAUGAGAACUCGAUAGAGGAUCUCGCAUCACAGAAAGACGACGCUGUGUGCGUUUUUCGCGACCACUCGCCCGGUCACACGGUGUUUUGCUGCUCGUUAAGCAAAAACGGUGAGCUGGCGGCAACGGGGGACGAAAAUGACAAGGCAUACCUCUGGAACACCAACACUGGUGAAUGUGUUCUCAAUACAGGCGUGAAUCAUGAUGACAGUGUUAUAUUCGCCGAGUUCAAUUACAAUGACAAAUACUUGGCUACUGCUGACAUGCGCGGCACGAUAAAAUUGUGGAGGAUAAGUGACAAGACUUGUGUCUGGGAAAAUACCUUAGCAAAUGACAUUAGCUGGAUAAAGUGGCAUCAUUUCAGCGACAUCUUGGUAGCAGGUGUUGUAACAGGGGAAGUUUAUAUGUUGAGAACACGAAAGGAUGAAUGCAAGAUCUUUGCACAGGGUACAGGUGAUAGAUCGGAGAGCGGUGUAAUGUUUCCAGAUGGGAAACGCGCAGCAAUAGGAUAUCAAAGUGGCACAAUUCACGUAAUAGAUUUAAAGUCGAACGCCGUAUUGUCGACCACUCCUCGUGAUCAGACACGAUCGCAAGGACAUUCCAGCGCUGUCAUCGCCCUCGACUGUCACAUAGAUAAUAAUCUGUUGAUUUCAGUGUCCAUCGGGAGUCAGACAAUUUUAAGCACAGCACAUAAUGGCAAGGUAAUUUGUAUACUUCAAGAUUUAAAUAAAAGUGGAACUGAAGAUAACACCAAUAACGUAGAGACCGCGGCUUUUUGUAAAGAUCCUACGUUCCCCGUCGCUGCAACUGGAACAGUCGUGAGCGAUGACUAUGGAAAAAUUUACAUAUGGGAUAUUAUGAAACAAACUCUUAGGCACGAGAUGAGUCAGGAAGGAGGUAUCACCAAAUUGGUUUGGACUAGAUCAGUGUUAUUGUUUACAGCAGGAUUAGAUGGUAACUUAAGAUGUUUCGAUGCGAGAGCGGGUAACUGUCUUCAAAUAUUCUCAGGGCACAAAGCAGCUUUAUAUGACUUAUGUAUAUCCAGUGACGAGAAGAAAGCAUUGACGGUUUCUGACGAUAGCACCGCUAGGAUCUUUGAUAUUUCAUCUCUAUGUUAAUAUAACGCAGGGUAUAGAGAAUAUUAAAUAUUAAUAUUAAAGAAAUGUAUAUAGACAUACAUAUAAACAAUAUAAAUUUACAUAUUUACAAAA